AUGUUAUCCAUGACGUCGGUUGUGGAAGGAAACAGAAGAUCAGGAAAGUAUCGAGUAAGUUAAGUUUUGUUGCUUUCUUUUAGAACUUUUAGAAUGUUUGUUCUUUCUCCUAAUUUUCAGUAUGCCGCCGACCUGUUCAGCUGGAUUCAUUAUUUGCAGUUUUUAUGUUAUCCUUUCAGUCGACCAUUGACCGAUCUCAAAUGUUGACCUAUGAGAUGGCCCAGCGUCCAUAUCACAUUGGAAUCAGAAAGUCUUGGUUGACAUGGCACACUCAGAAUUUGGAGGAGUUUAAACUGAAGCAAGGGUUGACUGUGGCUCAAGACGAAGUGAUUAGGCGAUUCAUCCGGGGCAUCUUAUAUGAUUACCGAGUUAUUGAUGGAAGCGAGGUAGGUAUUGUGUUUUUGUUAGUGUUUUUGGGUUUAGAUGGCAAAAGGGUAGCGUUGAACAUAUUUCAAAGCUUACCCUUUAGGUAAAGAUAUUUUUUCGACCUUCUACUUUGUCAAGUGUAAUGAUGGAUAGGUCAGAAGCCAGGUCCGAUCAUUCCGAUUGGAAUUCAUGAAUUUGUAUUCAUAACCCUAUUGAACCAAGUAUGAAUACAAAGGCAUGAAAACCACAUGGAAUUCUUCCAUCUAGAAGGUACAUUAACCAUGGCGUUUCAGUUAGAAAAUAGGUCUAACGACCCUUGAAAUCUUUGGCCAAAGUUUAGUCUUUUGCAAUGAGACCGAAACGGCGCCUUGUCUAGACAAUAGUGGACAAUACAACACGUUGGCCACUCGCCUUGGAAUGGCGAUGAUUUCUCCGACUUUGGCCGCAAUUCGAAGGCCAUCCGCCCUUUUAGCGGGGAGGAGUGGGAAUGAGCGUGUGUGGUCCUUAUCAGAAGCUGAUCAGAAUUCGGUGACAUUUUACACAGAUCCCCCCGAAUUCAAUUUGCAAUUCCGAGGCGGGUAAAAAGUGCGGGCGGAAAUCGAAAAAAUGAUGGGAAAUUCUGAGCGAUUAUUCAGUAGAGAGUAAAAGUACAGUAUAAAAGAUAGUCAGCAACAAGUGAGACAAGAAGUUUGAGGCCGAAUUUAAUUGAAAUAAUCGAUUUAAAACCAAAGAAACAAGCGAAUAAACGAUUUCUUCCAUGGAUAAUAUAUUUUUUGUCUGAAAUGCAAUCGAAAUUGUUUUAGAACUGACAGAAAUCCUUUUCAGAUUGUAAUAAAGCGCCGAGGGAAUGCCGUAUUCGUUUCCGGCUUUCUAAAAUACGGCCGUCGUCUGGAUAUUCGAAGGAUUUAUUGGCUCUGGGGCUUCGUCGAAGAAUUCCUCUCCCAAGUCCUGAAGCAGCCAGUCAAACUCGAAUUCCAAUUUGUUGAACAAGAAUCAGAUCUGGCUUAUAACUAUGUUUGA